AUGUUGCUGGCCAGCCUCAUCCAGGUGACUGAGGUGGAGGGCGGGGAAGGGGAGAGCCUGUGGAACCUGGGCCUGCCUGCUGCGGGGGAGCAGCAGGUGGAGAUGCGGGGCAGCGGAGGUGGCAGAGGGCCCUGUCCCACUCCAGCACCCUCCACUCGGAUGGCGACAGUACCGAUGACCACCACAGCCUCUCAGAGGAUAGCCAGCUCUCAGAGCCCGACAAUGAGCUGCAGCACCCAGCCGAGAUGGUGGAGAAGUUGGAUGUUUCCAAAUGGGAAAUCGAGGACACUUCCUGGUGGCUUACCCAGCAUUCCCCCUUGCCACUGAGGUUGGUGGCCAAGAGAGUCUCCUCGUCUCGGCCCCUCAUAUGUGCCCCCUGCUGCCUGCGGAGGAACUUGUCAUGUCUCUCGUGUGACGCCACGUCGUACAGCGCUCCAGUCAAAUACAGGGCCGGCCAAUCUCCACCAUCUCCAAGGUGGGCAGCCCCUGGCCGGGUAGGGAGCCUCCGCUGCCAAACCGCCGGAGCUCAACCGUCUACCUCCGCCACCCCGCAUUCUGCAGAAGUCCCGGGAGCCACUCAGCAGGCUCACUCAGCCCUGCCCUGGGUGCCUACUACGUCCCCUGGCUAGGCCUCCUGUAGCUCAGUUGGUAGAGCAUGGUGCUUGCAACGCCAGGGUUGUGGGUUCGAUUCCCACGGGGGGCCAGUAUGGAAAAUGUAUGCACUCACUAACUGUAAGUCGCUCUGGAUAAGAGCGUGUAAAAAAAAAUCCUUCUGUAUGUAGUCCAUUACCUCCAUCGGACAGGGUCCCAUCUUUGUUAGUGUUCUUCCAUCGUAACGCCUGUGUGAAUCUGUGGUAGCUAGCUGCUUUGUUUUGUUUUGUGAGUGACUAGUACUAUCCCGCUGUCCUUUUAAUUUGAGGAAUGUGUGUUUUUUUGUGACCAGUUGUUGAGGAACAUGUGUGUUGAUCUUUGUGAGGGACAAUGCUCAUAACUCCUGAGGUGAAAUUUUCGAAGGCAAUCAUUGUCACACAGGUCUAUCAACAAAAAAAAAUGUUUUAUGCUAACAUAGUCUAUGUCCUAAUGUAGGGGUUCUCAAAGUGGGGUCCUUAAGGUACUGCAGAGGUUCCGUGGCCAGAUGUUCCGAGUUGUGUUUUGAUAAUGAGGGGGUCCCUGAUGAAUUUGAAAUCACAAAAGGGGUCCCCGGACCCAAAAAGUUUGAGAAUCCCUGCCCUAAUGAACCUGCCCCAGAUCAGAUGUACUCCUCAUAUGAGCUGUCCUUUCCUUCUCAUUCUCGAGCACAUAGAGACCACCUCCAUAGAGCUACCUCAUUAGCGACACCGCUAACAAAGACCGCUAGCUGGUUGGAGCUGAGUAACACGCUGCUACAGCAUUGAUCUCCCAGUUAGCAUGGCUACCUCUCUAACAGUCUCAAAGGCAGGGAGGCCUGAGACAAAGGUCUCGAUAGUGACUUAAGGACUGACUAUCGCUAGUGUUGUUUGAAAAUGUUUGUAUGAUAGCUGAGGAAGUAAAUCUGGUGUGUCUCUGCUGCUCCUGAACACACACGAAGCGGCAUACAUACACACACGUUUUUUCAAUGCUGAAUUCUGGCCUACAGCGUAUAACGGUUUAGAAAGGUCCCAUUCAAGGCCGCUACAGCAGAGAUUUCAGAUAUUGAGGCUAUAUCCACAGUUGAGGCUUUUUCUUGUUACAUUGUCCUCAUAGAACCUCUAAAACAAGAUUCUUUGCUUAGUUGCUAGAACUUUUUCAAUGUGUUCAAACAGGUUUUAGACCUAAAUCGGGAGACAAAAAUAGGUGAAAUGGGGAUCGUUGCCUAAGCAAACAUACAGAAGCAAAAACUAGUGACUCUCUCCAACCUCUAUAAUGUGGAUAGAUUACCUCCAUAUUCUCUUCUCUGUCCUCCCAGGGUAAUGUCCAGUUUGGGGACCAUAUCUGGUUUGAAACCAGUCUCUCAGGAGACGUCUGUUACGUUGGAGAGCAGUACUGCAUCGCAAAGACACUGGUGAGCCUUCACUACAACAGUACUGUUAUUAUUGACACUGUUACAGUAGUACAUUAUUCAAGUAUUAUUUUGGGUACAUUUUAAAUAAAAUAGUUGUUAUUUAAUUGAUUAUUAUUAAUAUUGGCUAAAUAAAGACAAAUGUUCUCUCUGUGAUUCUAGCAAAAGUCAGUGGCGAGGAAGAAAUGUGCUGGCUGCAGAAUAUCAGUCCACACCAUGUGUACCGAGCAGCUAGAAAGGGUAAGUGACUGCGUGAACUUCAUCAAUUAUUAUAUUAUACUUCUACAAAAUAACCAGGAAUAUUCAUGUUUGGAGUUUUCACUUUUUUGGAGGGGGUCAAUGGGUCAUUGACCAAUGUUGUUGUAUUUUCACUCCACAGGUUAAUUUGAGAUGUAAGCUAUCGUUUAGGGAACCGGGAUCUCGAAACAUUUCAGAGGUCAGUAUUUAUGCUACCUGCACAACGCUAUCUUUGUUUCUCUCCCAAGUUAUUUGUUUGUUGACUGUAUUUCGGACCGAUUCAGUCUACUUUAGUAAAUGUUAGUUUAAAUAAUUUCUAAGCAGUUUUGAGUGACACAGAAGUCUUCUCUGGUGUGCAUUGACACAGAAGUCUUCUCUGGUGUGCAUUAUGAUUUAUAAUGCGUUGUUGACUCAAUAACGUUUCCUGAUUUCAGCCCAAUGUUGUGCGUCACCAUUGGGUCCACAGGAGGAGCCAGAUUGGGAAGUGUCGACAGUGUGGGAAGGUCAGUUAAAAUUAUUCAACAACAUUAGAUUCACAUAGACACUACAGAUACUGAAGUACUGCAAACCAUUAAGAGCUGUCUUGACGCAGCUUUGAAACGUAUGUUACUUAUUCCUCCACAGGGUUUCCAACAGAAGUUUUCAGAGCUCACGCCACUGUCAUAGUGCCGCCCACCUGGAUCAUACAGGUCCGCAAACCACAGGUACUGUAAUGUCGUAAUGUUCAACACACACACACACACACACACACACACACACACACACACAGGACAGCUGUUGGUGAGCAGUGAGCACUAGAGGUGCUACAGAGGCAACAAACACAGAUAUGUUGAUUCAAAGGAUGUAUUUGUUUUUGUCUCCUCAGACAUCAUUAAAAUCAAGUAAAAAGAAGAAAUGUGCAUCAAGCCCAGUAAGAAGGUAGUAGAGGUAAGGAAAAUCAUGUUAACAUAAAGCAAUCUUGUGAUUAUGAUCAUGUCCUCUUAUGUUGUCGCAUAUGAUGAUGAAAACGUUGAGAAGACACAGGAUGCCAUCUUGUUGUCUCAAGUGUUUUUCUGCUUCAGGAAGCCCUUCAUAGUGAAGCCUGUCCCCUCUCAACUCAUGAAACCUCUGCUGGUGUUUGUCAACCCUAAGAGUGGAGGCAAUCAGGUGAGUUUGCUCAAUGUCCACAGCACCCUUGAAACCCGUGUGUAUGGGGUUGAAUCCUUUAGAUUUGUGCACACAACUCAAACAUGCAUUGAUGUCAAUGAGAGAUUUAUGCUGAAGUGGGAGUAAACACUGUCUGUGUCCCUUAGUGUACGAAUGAAUUACUGAUGAUGUUCAUUAAUUGCGGCUGCUGUUCUUGUCUAUGGGCUCAGUUGUAAAAGAGUUGUAAAUCUCAAUGUGAUCUUCCCUGUUGAAUAAAUGAUGUAUUUACAUUUUUACAUUUAGCAGACGCUCUUAUCCAGAGCGACUUACAGAAGCAAUUAGGGUUAAGUGCCUUGCUCAAGGGCACAUCGACAGAUUUUUCACCUAGUCGGCUCAGGGAUUAGAACCAGCGACCUUUCGGUUACUGGCACAACGCUCUUAACCACUAAGCCACCUGCCGCCCACUUUCAUCUACUUACACGCCUUCUUAAAAGUGAAAUGUUUUCAGUCACUUCAUGGGGAAGACAGUGCAUUCAUAAAUAAAACCCAGGGAGCCAAGAUCAUCCAGUCGUUCAUGUGGUACCUCAACCCCCGACAAGUGUUUGACCUCACCCAGGGAGGGCCCAAGGAAGGGUAAGAGACCACACACUGAUGCUGCCUUCACAAUCACAAACCUUUGAUCAUGUUUUGAAUGGUAUAACAACAUAAGUAGUGAUUGAGUUUUUAAUUGGUGUGCCUGGUUUGUGUUUAUUUUUUUAAGGUUAGAAAUGUAUUCCAAAGUGCCCAAUCUGCGGAUUUCGACAUGUGGAGGGGAUGGAACGGUGAGCAGCUAUGGGACAGUUGAAAGAAAGCAUGCUUUAGUCUACAUCAGCACGUACAUUCACAGUAGUGAUAUUAUAAGUAAUAUGCUUAACAUAUUUUGUAUUCCUGAAACAUAUUGAUGGACAUAUAAGGACUGUAUGGAGAGGAUUACUUCACAGUUUCAGUAAAACAAUCAGUUUGGUGCCUAACGUACACUACCCUGGUUCUGCAGGUGGGUUGGAUCCUGUCUGUUCUAGACCAGCUCCAGUUGAACCCAGCGCCUGCCAUGGCGGUCCUGCCCCUGGGGACGGGAAACGACCUGGCCAGGACCCUCAACUGGAGAGGGGUGAGUGACUGGCUGGCUAGAGAACCAUGUCAUGAACAAAACAUUUCGCUUAGAAAUGUUAUACGGUGGUCAGUAGAGAGGGAUGUCAUGUCCCUCAGACUAGGUAGAAUCAUCACAUUAAUGUGAGUUACAACAGUAUUAUAUCUUUAAAUGUUAUAUUUUUCAAUAUUGUUUUGAUUAUUUCAUUUCCAUAUAGAAUACUAAUUAUGAUGGAAUCUGUUUUUUGUUUUGAAUAUCUCUAUGAAAUUCCUCUCUCUUCAUCUCCCAGGGCUACACUGAUGAGCGUGUGUCUAAGAUCCUGUCUCACGUGGAGGAUGGGAACGUGAUGCAGAUGGACCGCUGGAACCUGCUGAUGGAGCCCAACCCAGAGGCCGGUCAAGAGGAGAAGGAUGAGCACCAGACAUGCAAGGUGACACUACUGACACCACCAGUCCUGUGUUCAUAGUAAAGUUCAUUAGAACUUCACUAAAGUUCAUAUUUAGUUUAGAGUAAUCGCUCGUGGACAGAUCUACAUAAACAUAACUGGCACCGUAGAAUCUGUCGGAAAGGAAUGGGGUGCAUGGGAUAACGACCAGCAGUAGUUCCGGUGUUUGGGUUUUUCGUCACUUGUUAUUUGGACAAAUCACGAUUUUGCAGGUGUUAGCAUCUUUCGAAUUGCAGAAGGGGAGGGGACAUUCGGCCUGUAACAUGCGAAGAGAGAGGGUGGAGCUCCUCGUUCUAGCAUAUCUUAAUCCCUUCUCUUAACACGUAUGGACCCAGAACUCAAUCAAGCAGCUGACCAAUUACAUGAGACUUUAGUUCUGGGUUAACCGAGAUUAAGUUUGGAGUGAUCAUUCUGUCACUAUCCAUGUGUGAUAUGACAAUAACAUUUGUAUUUAUCAAUGUUUUAUUAAAUGAAGAUAACAACAUAAAGAUUGACCACAUACAUUCUUUUUUUGCGAUUCAUUGAUGCAGUUUUUGAUAUAUUCACAUUUAUAUAAUAUGGGAUAGGGACUUUUUCGUUGACAUACUGUAUCUACGGUAUUUGCAUCAGCCCUUACAGUGAGGGAAAAAAGUAUUUGAUCCCCUGCUGAUUUUGUACGUUUGCCCACUGACAAAUAAAUGAUCAGUCUAUAAUUUUAAUGGUAGGUUUAUUUGAACAGUGAGAGACAGAAUAACAACAACAAAAUCCAGAAAAAUGCAUGUCAAAAAUGUUGUAAAUUGAUUUGCAUUUUAAUAGGAGAAAUAAGUAUUUGACCCCCUCUCAAUCAGAAAGAUUUCUGGCUCCCAGGUGUCUUUUAUACAGGUAAUGAGCUGAGAUUAGGAGCACACUCUUAAAGAGAGUGCUCCUAAUCUCAGCUUGUUACCUGUAUAAAAGACACCUGUCCACAGAAGCAAUCAAUCAAUCAGAUUCCAAACUCUCCACCAUGGCCAAGACAAAAUACAAAAUCAGCAGGGGAUCAAAUACUUUUUUUCCCUCACUGUAUAUCUAUAUACAUUAUUUCUGGUGGCUAUCUUUCAUGUGUCUGCUUUGUCUGUUAGCUCCCCAUUGAUGUCUUCAACAACUACUUCAGCCUCGGCUUCGACGCUCACGUCACACUGAGUCCAGAGGUUUGUCAAACAUUUUCAUAUUUCGCUAGCUGAAAUUACUUUCGCUAGCUGAAAUGACAUUCACUAGCUGAAAUGACUUCACUAUAAUAAUUGUUACUGCAGCCUAAAGCAAUACUUCUCUCUCUCUUAGAGGCCAACCCGGAGAAAGUCAAUAGCCGUUUGCAGAAUAAGAUGUUCUAUGCAGGAGUGAGUGCUUCGAUUAAAUAUCUCACUUUGAUCCUCUCUCACUAUGGAUUGUUUGCUCUGUGUCUGAUCUGGUUUACUGUAUAUCUGGGUCAUGUUCAUUAGGGCAAAAUGUUUCGAAACAUUUUGAAAUGGAAAACAAGCAUUCACAAAGUUUCACUUUGUUUCAAACUGUUUGCCGUCUGCACACGCCUUCUCUGACUGCCUGAGUGGUAGCUCCAAAGACCUGGCCAAACACAUCAGAGUUGUGGUGAGUGGACUUCUAAACCUGUUCUAGACCUUAAUUGGACCAAGACUCUGAGCACAACGAGAAAGAAUCUGAAUGGUUCCCAUGACUUAGUGUUGAAACCAUAUUUGAUCAGUUUCUAAAAUUAAAGUUUUCCUGACCAACAUGGUUGAUUUUUAAGGAUGUUGCUAGGAUCCCAAUGCCCAUUCUAGAGUUAUAUAUUUAAAUAUAUUGUCUGUACUCUGUUUCUCUGAAACCCCUUUGCAUCAGUGUGACGGCACAGACGUUACCUCCAAAGUCCAGGACCUGAAUUUGCAGUGUCUAGCAAUGUUCCUCAACAUUCCCAGGUGUUAAGCAUUUAGAAUCUUUUGACGCUGAUGGGACGCUCCACCAGUAUAUACACUCCAGUGGAGGUUCCUCAGAGGAGGAAGGGGAGGACCAUCCUCCUCAGUGAAUUUCAUAAAAAAUAAAAAUUGUAAAACAUUUUUAAAGUUAUAUUUUUUAGAUAAAACUAUACUAAAUAUAAUCAUGUCACCAAAUUAUUGAUUAAAACACACUAUUUUGCAAUGAAUGUCUACAGCAGCCUCAACAGCACUCUGUAGGGUAGCACUGUGGUAUAGCCGGAGGACAGCUAGCUUCCGUCCUCCUCUGGGUACAUUGACUUCAAUACAAAACCUAGGAGGCUCAUGGUUCUCACCCCCUUCCAUAGACUUACACAGUAAUUAUGACAACAUCCAGAUGACGUCUUCCAACCUAUCAGAGCUCUUGCAGCAUGAACUGACAUGUUGUCCACCCAAACAAAGGAUCAGAGAAUGUAUCUAUUACUGAAAGCAUAAGCUACAGCUAGCUAGCACUGCAGUGUAUACAAUGUGGUGAGUAGUUGACUCAAAGAGAGAGAAAGACAAUAGUUGAACAGAAAUACAUUUCUUCCAAAAUGAAGGAGAAGCAAGAGAGAGAUAGAGAGAGAGAUUUCGUAAUUUUUUUGUAAACUGUCAGUUUCACUUACUUAGCUAGCAAAGUUUAGUCUACUCAAACACCCUGCUCAAACAGAGGGAUGCUAUGUUAGCUACCUGGCUAUGACUAUCCAAUACUACACUGGAACUAUUCCAAGUCAAGGUAAGCUUUUGGUUAUACUAAUUUAUUGCCACCGGGGCCCGCCAGUGUAAGUGCUGAACUGCUUACUGACUGUAACGUUACUGCAUGAUUGUAGCGGGUUUACUUACUCGUUAGUUCUAUUAGCUAUGUUGACUAUGACGUUACUUUAGCUAAUAUGGUGACAAGGAUAUAGGCUGUGUGUAGCGGUUAUGAUAUGGUUUGGAAAGUUUUUUUUGCCUGGUCACAUACAGCUGAUGUGAUGAAGUCCACAAGCAAAGGGAAAAGGUGAGAGGAGGAGAGCGCAUAGAUGUGAGAUGGAAUACAACGUGGCUGCUACGAAAGUGAACUGUGUUUACGCGUGAUCAGGGGUUUAUUCAUUCUUCCGAUUCUGUUGAAAAACGUUUCUUAAACGGGAAAAAACGUGGAUAAACAUACCUGAAUUUGUCUAAUAGAAACACUCGCUUGCAACUGUUGGACUAAUGAUUACACCCUAUAUCAGCUAGAUGCAGAUGUAUUGAAUGUGUCACUGUCUGUCCAUGUGUCACUGUCUGUCACCUCAAAUAGGCUAGGUUGUAGCAACCUCAUGAUGGGUAUAGGGAAAAUUCAAGUAUCAUGUAGUAGUCUAAACCUAUCGCUGUUGCAUUGAACUGGGUGAAUGUAAUAUGAAUGACAGUCAUCCAAUAUGCUGUAAUAGAAAUAAGGCCAUGCUCAUGAUUUAAAAAAAAAUCCUCCCUCAUCUUAAACGGCACUGACCGCCACUGAUAAACUCUCAUUUAUAGACAUUAAGUCAAUAUAAUGGACACACAUGUCACGCCCUGGCUCUGGGGACUCUAGUAUGUUGAGCCAGGGUGUGAGUUUUCAUUUGUGUGAGGUACUGGGGUGUGUUACCAGUCCGGUCCGGCCCGUUCCUGAUCCCCGCGUAGGGCCAGUGGUGUGUGUCCCCAGUACGGUCCGGCCCGCUCCUGCUCCCUGCACCAAGCCAAUGGUGCGCGUCGCCAGCCCGGCCCGGCCUGUUCCUGCUCCCAGCACCAAGCCAAUGGUGCGCGUCGCCAGCCCGGCCCGGCCUGUUCCUGCUCCCCACACCAAGCCAAUGGUGCGCGUCGCCGGCCCGGCCCGGCCUGUUCCUGCUCCCCGCACCAAGCCAAUGGUGCGCGUCGCCAGCCCGGCCCGGCCUGUUACUGCUCCCCGCACCAAGCCUAUGGUGCGCGUCGCCAGCCCGGCCCGGCCUGUUCCUGCUCCCCGCACCAGGCCAAUGGUGCGCGUCGCCAGCCCGGUCCGGCCCGCUCCUGCUCCCCGCACCAAGCCUAUGGUGAGCGUCGCCAGCCCGGUCCGGCCCGUUCCUGCUCCCCACACCAAGCCAGUGGUGUGCGUCGUCAGUCCGGCACGGCCCGUGCCUGUUCCACCGGUGCCUGGUCCGGCACCGGUCAGCUGCUUCACGCCGGAGCUAGAGCAAUCCGCUCCACCAUUGUGUAGUCCAGCUCCGGCCAGCGGGGCCAGACCGGACCAGGGGUACUUUGGGGGGUUGGAGAGGGAGUGGGGAUCAGGCCCGGAGCCGGAUCCGCCGCCAAGGCGGAGUGCCCACCCGGUCCCUCCCCUGUGGUGUUUGGUUGGCGCGGCCGGAGUCCGCGCCUUUGGGGGGGGGGUACUGUCACGCCCUGGCUCUGGGGACUCUAGUAUGUUGAGCCAGGGUGUGAGUUUUCAUUUGUGUUCGGUCUAGUAUUAUGUUUCUAUGUUGGCCAGUGUGGUUCUCAAUCAGAGGCAACGUGAAUCAGCUGUUGCUUGUUGUCUCUGAUUGGGAACCAUACUUAGUCAGCCUGUUUCCCACAGUAUGGUGUGGGAUCUUGUUCCUGUAUAGGUUUGUGUUUGCACCUUUGGACGUCACGUUAUCGUUUGUUGUUUUUGUUCGUGUUAUCAUUCAAAUUAAUAAAAUAUGUUCACCUUCAACGCUGCGCCUUGGUCCUCCUCCUUCGACGAUCAUGACAACACAGAACGAUAGAAAUGCACCAGUAUCCCCCCUGUUCCUCUGUGUUGUAGAUGUGCAUUAUGAUGCAGUUAUACAGCCUUGUAAGUCUUGUCAUGAGCAUGUAUGACCACCUUAUAAUGUGUUAUAUUCAUCUUAUAAAGAGCCUGACUCAUAGAGUUGAAUAGACGGCACACUUGGCCCAUAGCCUUUUAGCAUGGACAGCGCAUGGGACUUGCUAUGGGUUAAAGAAGGAUCCCAUAAUUCCAUCCAGGUCAGCAGAAGGGGUAAGCCAAUGAAUUAUACUCCUAAGCAAACAUUCCAUAACUGCUGCAGGUGGCAUUAAAUCACCAACAUAGACUUUAUACCUAUUCAGACUAUACACACUCCAGCACAGUAGGUGGUUGUAUGCACCUUUUCAGUUUAUUUAUGCCGAUACACUCAUAGAAGUAAAAGAAUGGACUACUUUAAAAUGGAGAUGGCCCUCAAUGGCUCUGCCCAUGCUGUCACAGAAGAGGCCAUUGGAAAGACAGGUGAUGAGCUCUCUAGUAAAUCUCUAUGGCAUGACCAGCCAUUUUGAGACGGUAGAACAUUUCCUUCAUAGAGACAUACCAUAUUAUAAGCCUUAUUAAAAGACAUCAUAAAGGCUCAUACAUGUUUGCAACAAGUUAUAAAGCAUUAAACCUGCAUUAUACUUAUUAUCAAGUAUUUGACUGUGUACUGCAGUUACUGUGCCGGCACCAAGCCAUGGGGUCACCACAGUGAGCACCUUGACUUUGAGCCACAGAGACACGACGACGGCUGCAUCGAGGUCAUCGGAUUCACCAUGACCUCUCUGGUGAGCUCUCAACCUUCUCUGAUGUCCUUUACAUCUCAUGGAACACAUUCAUUACCAUAUGCACCUAACAUGCACGUUAUAGUCUAUGUGUAUAUCUAUUUUGUUAUUUUAAGCACCAUUGGACUCUUUCAACUAAUAUUCAGGCUUGGAUUGUGAUGCGUUGUCUGAAUGUUAUUUUCAUUACAACAUCGUCAUUCAACUCUCAUCAGUAUCUCUCAAUUUCCCUCUGGGGAUCAAUAAAAUGUAUUCAAUUCAGUUCAAUGUCCUGUCUUCCUGUUCAUCCCACUCUGCAAGCGGGUGGUCACGGCAAAAGGUUGAACCAGUGUAAGGAGGUGACCCUGACCACGUACAAGUCAAUCCCCAUGCAGGUGGACGGCGAGCCCUGUAAGCUAGCCCCCUCCGUCAUCCACAUCAACCUGAGGAACCAGGCCAAGAUGGUGCAAAAGACCAAGAGGAGGAUCUCCAUGCCCCAGCUCAAUGAGUUAGUAGCCCUAAACCUUGUGAUACCAGACCUCAACACUGUAUUCCCGUUCGGCAAUUGGCUUGAUGAGGAACCUAGAAUGACUGUAGUCGAGGCUAGAGUUAAGGCUACCCAUAUGAUUCCAUAUGGAUUUCUAGUAACUCACUCGUGGCCAACAAUAACCUAUACAAUAUGUAAAAAAAAUCAUGUUUCUGUCUGUGUCGUCUAAGUCAGCAGCCAGUUCCUGAGAAGCUGCAGAUCAGAGUGAACAGGAUCAGCAUGCACACUUAUGAGGGCCUGCACUACAACAAGGACAAGCUCAAAGAGGCCUGUAAGUAAAAACAUACAUAUUCUACACACCACACCUCUACCAUUCCUUUACUAGGGAGACUACUAUGGCAGGGGUAUAGCAGAUCCAUAAAUGCAGGCUUUUGCUCCAGCCCAUUAGCAAACACCUGUAACUGAAUGUCUUUUCUCUGUCUCAGCUAUCCCACUGGGCAUCAUCACGGUCCCAGGAGACAGCGAUCUGGAGAACUGCCGUUCACACAUAGAGAGUCUACAGGACAGUCUACAGGAGGUAGGUACAGGAGGCGCAUGUAGGAGAUAUGUACAGUUAUGGGCACUAAAACGUUUUUAAAACCCUGUUGCACACACAUUGCGGCAAUUGUUCGUCCAAUACGUUGACGCAACCUAAAAUGUUGGUGCCCGCAACUGUAGGGAGGAGUGGGAAUACAGAUUAGCCAAGUCCCUUUUAUAGGUAGUGCAAUAGAGAGUGAAAUAGAUAGAGAGUGAAAAUGCGUGUGGGCGAAAGCAUGAAUGAGUGUCAGAAUAAGUGAAAUCAAGAAAAAAGGAACGAGUGAGAGCGUGAGAGAAAGAGAGUAUGAUGAGUGUCUUUUUAAUAAUCUGACCAUAGACUUCAUGUUGUCUGCUGUGCCUGCUAGUGGAGCUCAGAUGAGACACAUAGGGAAGAUCUCAAUUGCAUACUCCUCGCAUCUUCUCUCCUCGUCUCCUUCCCAAAACCCAUUGGAUGAGAAAGCUGGAGGUCCCUCCCCUCUGACCUUCUCCUCCAAUGGGUUUUGAGAAGGAGGCGAGGAGAGAGGACGUGAGGAGAAUGCAAUUGAGAUUCUCCCAGUUACUCCUUUCACGUAGGAUGUAAAAAAAAAAAAAGUCCAAUGUUUGUAUGACCCCCUUUCAAACAGGCCCAUUUUUACCACAUUCUUGCUGGCAUAAGCCUUUUAUACCUUCGGUGCGCAUGUCAGCAUGCCGGUGACGGGUGCACAGUGGGGGUGUGCAGAUGUUGGGUGUGCAGAUGUAUAUAUAUUUUUUUAUAUUUUAUAUAUAUAUAUUUUUUUUUUUUUGCAGAUGUUGGUGGGCGUCUAUUUGAAUAA